AAAUGACCGAUUUGCACGUGGAAUAAGCAGUGCUCGCAGGUUUUGAAUUUUUAUGAGAUAAAAUUGAAAUAUGUUCAUGAUAAAUUUCAACAUCGUAUUCAUGAAUAAAUAAACGAUAAAAAAGCCAAUCUAGUGAGAAUAAUGAAUGAGACGAAAAUCUGAAUAACAAUGAAAUUCCAUCGACGCAAUGCCACCUGAAGUUGCCUAAGGAUCGUCUCUGUCUCUCUCGCUCGUUCGCUCUCUUGAAAGGUGCGUCGUCGGUGUAUAGUGUGCGAGAGGGGAGGGGCAGCCAUUUUCGAGCUGCUGCUGCUAGCAGAUCGGUGAUCCGCGAGUUGUAAGUUGGGGAGUAUAGUAGCGGUGACCAGCCAGUCUCGGUGCGCGUAGUAGUACUACGACGAGGCAUCGCAGCGAGUAUAUACGAGAUACGGUCAGUUGUAGCAGUAUCAGGCUCAAAUUAAAAGCCCGCCGUGGCGUCGUCGUUGCACUGCUGUCCACAAGGAUCAAUUGCCAGGCCGCCCCGCGCAGUAGGCGCAAGAUGCUGUGUGUGUGAUGAGAUUUGAGUGAAAAGUGAAGGGCGCGCGCGCUAAAUGCUCUAAGAAAGUCGUGAGAGAGACGACGACGAGCGACGACGAGAGAGCGGUUGGCAAAGGCGUUGCCGACGCCAGUCCCGAGGAGAGCGAGAGAGUCUCUCUCGCAGCAACAGUCCACGUAGUCUGGCGUGUGACAUGACCGGGUCUAAACUGAAGACGCCUCUCCCGUAAGGCGAAGCUGAUCGCGCGUAAAUGUAGGUGAGGAGGAAGUGGCGAUCGACGUUGCUGGCAUGUCAAACAAUCAGCUGGUUGAUUCUUGCCUGCUGGUGAACCGGCGGAUCGAGCAGCGCCAGGAGCACAACAUAACCCGCACUGAAAUCACGCAGAGACGCGUACUCCAGGAAAAGGGCCCCGACAUGCCGCAAUACACAGGACAAGGCGACACGGACUACCACGGGAGCAACGGGCUGGCGGAUACGCAUUCUCUGCAUUCCUCGCAUCUGUCGGUGCAGGACGAUCCGCUGCUCAUCCGCACGCACAAGCAGCAAACCUCUCAACAGGUGACGACGGUGACCAAGGUGGUGCGAGAGGUGUCGCACAUGGAGCCGGAGCCGGGAGCAGUGAGCUACGUGUCGGUGCCGCUGAUGUCGCAGGACUAUCAGGCCGAUCCGCGAUAUGUGCCGGCAGUCGACCCUUACAUGGUCAAUUUCGACCAAUUCGACCCGUACAUGGGCUACCCGCCGCAGCCUGGUUUCAUGCCCGGUGGACCACACGGUAUCUACAUGCCCGCACGAUCGCACUCACCCCCACGUAGUCCCCACAGUCCCUCUGAGCACAGUCGCGCUUCUCCGCCCCAUGAUCAGAUUAGCAACUCGUGGAACAUGGACGACUCGGGCGAGCCUUCACAGCACCCGAUUGACGAGGGCAAAGUGGCAUACGGUUUCGUAUCCCCAUCGCCCUACGGCCCAGUGUCUUACGGACCAGCGGUUGGCGUAGUGCCUACCGAGGUACCUUACGAAGAAGGUGUUCACGUACCGGUAGCUGGAAUCCCAGGAGCCGGUCUAGCGAUGUACGAGGACGAGGUACAACUGCAACGACUCAAAGGUCGUCACUUGGUACCCGGUAUGGUUAGCCCACUGGACGACGAGCACAAGUCUAUGCGCUGGCGAGAUCCCAACUUGUCGGAGGUGAUCGGCUUCCUCAGCAAUCCCAAUAACGUUAUCAAGGCCAACGCAGCCGCGUAUCUCCAACAUCUCUGCUACAUGGACGACCCGAACAAGCAGAAGACGCGCAGUCUGGGUGGUAUCCCGCCGCUGGUACAGCUGCUGGAUUCGGACUGUCCGGAAGUCUACAGAAACGCUUGCGGAGCGCUGAGAAAUCUGUCUUACGGCCGACAGAACGACGAAAACAAGAGAGCGAUCAAGAACGCCGGCGGUGUUCCCGCGCUGAUUAAUCUCCUCAGACGGACAUCCGAUGCUGACGUUAAGGAACUUGUUACCGGCGUUUUGUGGAACUUGUCGUCUUGCGAGGAUCUGAAAAAAUCCAUAAUCGACGACGGAGUGACGAUGGUGGUGAACAACAUAAUAAUCCCGCACAGCGGCUGGGAUCCAAGUUCGGCGAGCGGCGAAACAUGUUGGUCGACGGUCUUUCGCAACGCUUCGGGUGUGCUGCGCAAUGUGUCGAGUGCUGGCGAAUACGCUCGCAAAAAGCUCCGCGAAUGCGACGGCCUCGUUGAUGCUCUUCUCUACGUCGUUCGCUCAGCCAUCGAAAAGAGUAACAUCGGCAAUAAAAUCGUGGAGAAUUGUGUGUGUAUCUUGAGGAAUCUUAGCUACCGUUGCCAGGAAGUCGAGGAUCCGAAUUACGACAAACAUCCCAUUCAAGUCAACGUGCAAAACAGGGUAGCUGCUCCAGCCAAAGCGUUCAGUCUGUGUCAAGUCCUGGACGGUUUUGCUAUAGGCGAGAACCUGGGCUGCUUCGGCGGCAGCAAGAAGAAGAAGGACGGCCAGCCAAUGCAAAAGGACACCACCACUACGAGAACAACUAGUCCACGUACUGAGCCAGUCAAAGGCAUGGAGUUACUCUGGCAGCCCGAGGUCGUACAGUUGUACUUGAGUUUGUUGCACAACUGUUCAAAUCCCGAGACACUUGAGGCGGCGGCCGGGGCUUUGCAGAAUUUGGCUGCGUGUUAUUGGCAGCCGAGCAUCGAAAUUAGAGCUGCCGUUAGGAAAGAGAAGGGUUUACCUAUUCUCGUCGAGCUGCUCAGGAUGGAGGUCGACAGAGUCGUCUGCGCAGUGGCCACAGCCCUGCGAAAUCUCGCCAUAGACCAGCGUAAUAAGGAACUUAUAGGAAAGUACGCAAUGAGAGAUCUCAUUCAAAAAUUACCUUCGGGUAACAAUCAACAUGAUCAGGGUACCAGUGACGACACCAUUGCCGCAGUUCUCGCGACCUUGAACGAAGUCAUUAAGAAGAACGCCGAAUUCUCGAGGUCGCUUCUCGAUGCUGGUGGCGUCGAGAGGCUCAUGAAUAUUACGCGGCAGAGGCAGAAAUACACCCCAAGAGUUCUCAAAUUUGCUGGUCAAGUAUUAUUUACAAUGUGGCAACACCAAGAGCUAAGAGACGUGUAUAAGAAACACGGCUGGAAGGAACAGGAUUUUGUAACAAAAACGGUAGCUGCUAGAAAUUCUGGCCCAAAUUCUCCAAACAAUGCAAACAGUUAUGAUUGCAGCACGUUAAACCGGCCGAUGGCAUCGCAAGGCAGCACAAGAUACGAAGACCGAACGAUCCAACGUGGUGGUACACUCAACUCAAAUAACAUCGGUCGUACAAAUAUCUAUCAAUCGCAAAACCAGGAGGUCGCAAGGCAGCCACCCGCUGGGGGCGUAUGCGUGUACCCGAACAAUACACAGCCGAAGCCCGGCGAGCCACUUUACGCGCAAGUUAACCUGGAGAAGAAAAAGAAGCGCCAGUACGAGCUGGGGGUGGGUGGCAACUCUACCGUUGCCGGAACAGUCGCCCAACCUGGACAAUGGAUGGCUGCCGAUGGUCAAGAAGCACCACCGCCUAAUACCAACGCCCAAGUAUCUGCUGGCGACUCCUGGGUCUAAAAACAAUCAACAACAAACAAAUACAAUUGCGACGUUCAUCACUUUAGUCACAAGCACCGCUAAAAAUGAAAUCGUUCGUUCACUUUCAUCUCACACUUCAUUGCACAAUUCUAAACGAUCAUUCUCAUACUCUUAACGUACGUAGUUGUAGAGAGCCUAUGUCAGUAGCGGCCGCCGCCGCCGCCGCCAUUGCCACAGCCGCGCGUGUUCUUUAUAAUUUUUUAUUUCUCUGAUAUACACGACGGUUUGCUGGCGUUUUUUCUACCCGAUACCCGUCAAUUCAAAAAUGGCAGCAGUCUUGCAAUUGACAUAAUAAACAUACACGAAGGAGACGCGAGGCGUAGAUGGAUUUUUGUUAAAUGGAUAUUAACAAUAUUAUAGAUUUUAUCGAGCAUUAACUCUUAAGUUGAAUUGUUAGUAGAGGUAAAUUUAAUAUGUUCAAGUUUAUCGAAUCAAAGCGUCAGACGCCGAUGUUUUAUAAAGAGUUUACGCAAGUUUACCAAGUUAAGGAAAUCCGUUGACUGUUGACGGAUUUUCUUAAAUUUGUAGAUUUAACAAAAAAAAUGUUUCCUUGCUCUCAAUCGUAUACUAGGACUUUAUUUCUUUUGAACAAAUUUUUUCAUGUCAUACGAACACGGUGAUAAAUAUGAUUAAUCUGACGGAGAUUUCAAUGACGAAAGAUUUAUAAUUGCACCAAAAUAUUAUAAUAUAAAUGAAUUAAUAAUUAUGUAAGGAGAUACAAGUGUGUUGUAUAGAUUUAGCGUCGAGAAUGAUUGUAAUCUGUACAACGCAUCGACUUUUUGAAAUUCAAGUUCGACGAUGAUUCACGACCUAAUUUUUCGAUGGAAUUUCUUUGCUUCAUGUGAUAUAAUCCGACGAUCUUUUUACAAUUUUCUCGCUAUCUUUAAUCAUUGUUCGAAGGUAACAAAGUAAAACAAACAAACAGGACGAAUGUAGCGUCAAAGAAAGGUAGUUAAAGGUUUUUCAAACUAAUUAUAUGAUGAAGUAUACACCAUAAAAGAAUUAUAUUAAGCAAGUUAAUCAAUGAGAAAUCCAAUAGUAUUACACACCAUCUUUUGACUGAUCGAGAUUUUUAUAAAUGUACUUCUCAUUUUGUAUUUUGUAAACUGCGUUUAUAAUUUUCUACGAAAAGACUGCUUAAUCGUGUACAGUAGACCGAAUGAAAGCUGAGUUAUGAAUGAUGGCAGAUACACGCUAAAAAAAGUAAAAGAGAGAACAGUUUUUUGCACAUAAAAUAACAAAAAAAGUCGUGUGAUUCUGUAUGAAAGAAUGUUGAUUAAUUAUAGUUCACUUCUUUCGAUUACGUACUAAUAUGUUUGACUUGCAACAGUUAUUUACGAUUCAUAGAUUCUACGAAACACUUUAUACAAUCCAUAAUUUUGAUCACACAGCAAAUUCCCUAGCGAUAUUUUUGGCCGUUACAUGAUUCGUUAACAGUCAUUAACGUGUAAAGAGUCUCGAAAUUCGCUAGAAAACGAUUAUACACCUUUUUUAGAGCUUCUACGAUGUACUUAUAUGCAUUUUAGACACUGCUUUUGUUUCUCUUCGUUUUAUUACUUACUCGACAACAGCAACGGAAUGACUUUUGCGUUUCCAUCAAUUCUGAGUACAGAACUGUGAUUAUGCCGAAUCUCAUAGAGAUUAACCACUCAAACAUUCCGCUCAGAUUGAUUGUCAUGGUUGUUCAUAUUUUCAAUUGUCCAUUGAUUUUAAAAUUUUUUCAAACUUUACUCCGAUACAAUUGCGUGUAUCUUUUGUACAACAGAUUUUAUGAACUUUUCGACUAUACACGUUUUUAUGAACUCUUUGCUGUCACGAUCAACCAACGCAGUUGUAUCAGUGCAAUUUUCGGAAGAAGAAAUUUGUUUAAUCAUUCUAUAAAUCAAUGUGCGAUCUUAAAAAGCAAUAGUGAUUGAUAUUAAGGUUUAUUGAUAUUAUUAGAUUGUAAUCUGAAUUAAGAAAUUACAAAAAUGAUGAUUCUUUUAUAAAAAAAAUUAUAUAUUUUAUAUUUUUAUUAUUGAGUAAUGUCAAAAGCAAAAUGAAAACGACAAACUUUAUUUUAUUAUUCGAGAUGACUUACAUGAUUUAAAAAAAUUAUGUGUAUAUAUAUAUAUUGUUUUACUUUUUAAAAAUUUUAUAAUAUCGCAAGUCGCAUACAAAGAAACUGAAAGAUUAUCAAUUUUUUGGGUAGUUGAAACGAAAAAAAUGGGACGUUUGGAUCGUAAUGGUUGGAAAACGCGGAUCAACCUGACCGAAUUUAUGGCAUACGUGUAAUGUAACACACACUCACACGCAUAACGAAAUAGUCUACUGUACCGCGUAACAUAUUUACAAUUAAAGGUCUAUACAUAAGCAUGGGUGUGCAUUAUAGGUGUGUUAGAACAAGAAGAAUAAGAAAAUGAUAAACGAUGAAAAAAUGAUUGUCCGAGAGAAAGCACUCACAAGUUUAUAGUAAUUAAUACAUGAGCGCCCCACACGAACGCGACUCGACAAAAAAAAAUGAGCGGAUUCCAAAUUGCAACGUUAACUUUCUCAACAUUCGAGUCGAUGAGUUUUACGAAGCUGUAUUAUACGAAUCUAGGCGUCUCUCGAUCGAACGCUAAUUCAUAAUCGAGAUAAUAAAUUAAACUACUCGAAAGGAAAAAGGGAGAGCGAAAACAAGUGGAAUAAAGAGUCAAACGCAUGUUGAGGGCGAGCAACAGAAUCUGCAUCUUUCGAGUCUCAAUUAGGUAUUUUCUUCCGAGGAUUUAUCGAUGAAUUCUCUCUUCUCUAUGAUUCGUUGAUAGUGGGAAAAUGUGGCGAAUUCGUGUGACGAGAGCUCGAGCGCCUAGCUUCUAAUUUUUCGAGGGAAAGUAUAUAUUAUAUAAAUAUAAAUAUAUAUAAAUUUAUAUAUACGCAUUAUCUUUUAUUUUCAUCGUACAUUAUAUUUAUAUCGAAGAGAAGAAGAGUACCAUAUAUAUAAAUAUUAUAUAUAUACAAAUAACUGUAACUAAGUAAUGCAGAUUAAAAAAAUAGUGUAAUUCGAACUCGACUGAAAAACGAUUAAAGAAUUUAA